GCAGUGACGCUUCGCCAUGGCAGCGCCUGGAAUGGAGCUCUGUACGGUGAGACAUUGCAAGCAGGAGGGCCAGGUCUAUCUUCAACGGAGCCUCCCGGAGGCUUUGGUCGAUGCAUACUUGGGGCGAUUGCAACUUUGCCGCUGCGCGCCCACCUUGGAAUCGCUUCAAUCCUUGCUGGCGGCCCAUGUGGAUCGUGUGAUCUAUGAAAAUUUGGACCUGCAGUUGCGCCGACCCUUGCCGCCGCUGUGCUUUGAAGAGAGUGUCAAGCGUGUGGCGAAGGGACGUGGUGGCUAUUGCUUCCUGCUGGUGGAUGCCUUCGCAGCCCUGCUGUGCAGCUUGGGCUUCCAGGUGAGCCUCCAUACUGCCACCUGCAGCCCUGUGCCCGAACCAGAGGUGAAAUGGGGAGACCACGUGGUCCUGGUGGUCCAUCUGCCUGAGGGUCCCUUCAUAGCUGACGUGGGGCUGGGUGAAGGCCCACGCUGGCCCUUCAAGGUGGAAAAUGCCUCUUGGACAGAGGAUGGCUUUCAAUUUGCCAUGACCUCCCGCAGUGGAGGAGAAUGGCGCUUUGACAACCCGGUCAAUGCAACUGGCACCAUGACAGGCUUUGCAUUUGACUUUGGAACCAGCACAGAUGGCUUUGACGAGUUCCUUCGUUUCCACGACUUUUUCUGGAACAGCAAGGAGUCGAGCUACGUCAAAGGACCAGUGUUUCUGCAUCGGAAAACAACUGGCAGAGGGCUACUUUCCCUUUUCGCCUGCACUUUGAGACGAUCUCAUCCCGAAGUGUCAGGUGGAAAAGAAAUCUUGCAGGUGGCAACAACCAAGGAGGAGUGGUUUAAAAUUGUGGAGGAUGUCUUCCUCAUGACCUUAGAUGACCUCGACGAUGAAGAGAAAGAUCGCUUGUGGGACAUUGUGCAGAUGCAGCACCAAAGCUUCGUGAAUGUCUCGAUCUUGGACCAAGCGGUGCCCGGGGGGCUGGUGGAAAUAGGUGCGGUCGAGCCAGAUGUUGCUGCGCAGCAACAGGCAGAGGAUCUGAUGUCUGAGAUGUCUGACAAGAUCGACGCCAGUGCCACCCGGCAGCUGCGGGGAUUGGAACCAACCGAGGCCUUGGCCAUCCUCACCGAACUCCGCCACGCGGAUGGCAUCCGCAAUCCUUCAGCGUUUAUCAUGAGCGCUGUUAAGCGUUGCAACAACCAGGGGCGUAGCUCAGGGUCCAGGAGGAGAGAUCCUCCCAGGCUCCAACAAGGCUGGGAUGCUGAAACUGAGGGAUGCCGGGUGGCCCCUCCGAAAGCUUGUGGAUUGAUUCCUCCAGAAAGCCCACGCCGUAGCACCACAGGCCCACACGCCGAGGAGGACGACGGGUAUGGUGGGGAUGACUACGAGAGUCAUUCGGAUCGGAGACACGGGAACAGCCAAGAUCGGUCACGAGACAAUCGGGUCUAUGGCAGUUAUGACUAUGGCAGUGACAGUGACCGGUAUGGCAGCCCCUCGGAUCCAAGAGCCCUGUUGGAUCCAUAA